AAAACAACCCUAACCCAAAAUAAAAGUCCUCUCCUCCUUACUGAUUUCGAUUGAAGAAUUCAAACCCUAGAAUUCGAAUUCUCUCUCUAGAUUCGCCAUGGGAAACACCGAGAAGCUGAUGCAGCAGAUCAUGGAUCUGAAAUUCACCUCGAAGAGCCUGCAGCGUCAGGCUCGCAAGUGCGAGAAGGAGGAGAAGGCGGAGAAAUUGAAGGUGAAGAAAGCGAUUGAGAAAGGUAACAUGGACGGAGCGCGGAUCUACGCUGAGAACUCCAUACGCAAGCGCAACGAGCAGAUGAACUAUCUCCGCCUCGCGUCGCGGCUCGACGCUGUGGUAGCGCGUCUCGACACGCAGGCGAAGAUGACCGCGAUCAGCAAGUCAAUGGGGAGCAUCGUCAAAUCGCUCGAAUCGUCGCUCGCCACUGGGAACUUGCAGAAGAUGUCGGAGACGAUGGACCAGUUUGAGAGGCAGUUCGUCAAUAUGGAAGUUCAGGCCGAGUUUAUGGAGAGUUCUAUGGCUGGAAGCACUUCUCUCUCCACUCCUGAAGGCGAGGUCAACAGCCUUAUGCAGCAGGUGGCUGACGAUUACGGCCUCGAGGUGUCUGUGGGUCUGCCCCAGCCCGCGGCUCAUGCUGUGUCCGUGAAGAACAGUGAGAAGGUCGACGAGGAUGACCUCACCAGGCGCCUUGCGGAGCUUAAGGCCCGCGGGUGAAAUUUGGACAUAUUGGAGAUUAUUUUAACCUAAACUAUUCUGGAGUCGUGUUGCUCCUUAUUUCUACUAUUAUGUGGUAUAGAAUUAAUGUUGGAUUUCCUGAAAUCUUGAGUAUGAUGUGUAUAAAUUCUGACUCCGAUUUGAUAAUGGUGAUGUGUUGGUUUAAUAUGUUUUCUACUUCUUGGUGUUUCAAAUAAGGAGGUAUAAGGUAACUUACUAGUGAUCAUAUAGUUAGCUUAGUUAUCAUACCCCUAUAAUUUGAUACUGGAACUUGGUGUUUCUA